AUGAGUGUAGCUGUAAAGAAGUGUAACGCCGUAGGGUUCCCUGACGUGCGAGCAAUUCGCGCCGAAGAAGAAACACUUGGUAAGGUACAGCACCCACAUAUUAUCAAGCUUUUGGGGCACUGCCAGUGGAACUCAACUCACCUUCUGUUUUACGAGUACUACGCCAAUAGCGAUCUUUAUAGUUGGCUGCACGACGAAUCACGGCGUUGGGCUGUCUCAUCGUGGGAGACUAGGUUUCGGAUUGUUAAAGGUGUCGCCGACGGCCUUGCCUAUCUGCAUGGCUUGGACAACCCAAUUAUUCACAGGGAUAUCAAGUCGGAAAAUGUGAUACUAGACUCCAACUUUGAGCCCCACAUUGCUCAUUUUGGGCUCGCUAGAUGGAUGGAGGCGUCACAUACGCAUGUGACUACGGAGCCAGAUGGCUCUGUAGGAUACAUUCCUCCUGAGUACCUGGCGGGAUCCAACAAGGCCACAACAAAGGGUGAUGUCUACAGCUUUGGCAUUUUGAUGUUGGAGAUUGCGACCAGGAGGCGGCUGGCUCAGUUGACAACAUUUGACGCCCAAAAGAUGGAGGUGGUGGAAUGGGUUAAAAUGAUGGUGGCUAAUUACAUUGUUGAUCCAAGUAACCCCAACCAGCAAUUGGUUGCAGUAGCCAAUUUAUCGCACUACUUUAAGAUCGCUUGGUAUUGCGUCAUAAAUGAACCACAAUAUAGGCCCCACAUGAAGUGGGUUGUUGAAAGAUUAAAUGAAAUUCGUUAG